AUGGAGCCCCCUGCCGGCCGGACAGCGAACUGCAUGGAGCCCCCUGCCGGCCGGACAGCGAACUGCAUGGAGCCCCCUGGCGGCCGGACAGCGAACUGCAUGGAGCCCCCUGCCGGCCGGACAGCGAACUGCAUGGAGCCCCCUGCCGGCCGCACAGCGAACUGCAUGGAGCCCCCUGCCGGCCGCACAGAGAACUCCAUGGAUACACUUUCUGUCAAAACUUGA